CUGGUGCUGAAUCCAGCCAAGCGCAGGAAUGUGGUACUUUCGGCUAUUAGCGGAGCUGGGCGCCAAAAGCUGCCCUAGAGUUUGGAUUUGAACCUUUAAGAAAGGAAAUCCGGAGGAAGAAAAGGCAGGCGAGGAAGGCGAGCACAGAAAAGGACAGUUGCAGUAACUGUUAACCUGUAUCGCCGCUCUCAGCUAUAAGGAAGCCCUGUUACGAUUUCAGUGGAGAUUAUGAGGAGCAGGAUGGAGUGAAGGAGAGAGUCUGUUCAAGGUGGGUGGGAAGGAGUCAGAAGGCUCAGAGGAAAGACAACAGAGAGAGAAGGGAAGAAAAAGAAAAGCCAAGUCUGGUGCCUGCAAAUUUGGGAUUCCAUUGGAAGAGAUCACUCACUCGGGGAAAUGGAUUCUGUACCAAGACUAGCCAGCGUUUUGACUUUGGUGCUCUCUGGCUUGUGGCAUUUAGGAUUAACAGCGACAAAUUACAACUGUGAUGACCCAUUGGCCUCUAUCCUCUCACCAAAGGCUUUCUCCAGCUCCUCAGAUCUUACUGGAAGUUCCAGCCCAGCUCAACUGAACUGGAGAAUGGGCACUGGUGGUUGGUCCCCAGCAGAUUCCAAUGACCAACAGUGGCUCCAGGUGGACCUGGGAAACAGAGUGGAGAUUACAGCUGUGGCCACGCAGGGAAGAUAUGGGAGCUCUGACUGGGUGACAAGCUAUUGCCUGAUGUUCAGCGACACAGGGCACAACUGGCAACAGUACAAGCAAGAAGGCAGCAUCUGGACAUUUGCGGGAAACAUGAACGCUGACAGUGUGGUUCACCACAAGCUGCUGCACUCUGUGAGAGCCCGCUUUGUUCGCUUUGUGCCCCUGGAGUGGAGUCCAAAUGGAAAGAUUGGCAUGAGAGUGGAGGUCCAUGGAUGCUCCUACAAAUCAGAUGUUGCUGACUUUGAUGGCCGGAGCUCACUUUUGUACAGGUUCAAUCAGAAGACGAUGAGCACCCUCAAAGACGUGAUCUCCCUGAAGUUCAAGAGCAUGCAAGGAGAUGGAGUUCUGUUCCAUGGAGAAGGACAACGUGGAGACCACAUCACCCUGGAGCUCCAGAAGGGCAGGCUAGCCCUAUACCUGAACCUGGAUGAAAGCAAAGCCCGGCUCAGCAGCAUUACGCCCUCGGCCAUGCUGGGUAGCCUUCUGGAUGACCAGCACUGGCACUCGGUUCUCCUGGAGCGUGUGGGCAAGCAGGCAAACUUCACUGUGGACACGAACACACAGCACUUCCGGAUCAAGGGCGAGACCGAUGCCCUGGACAUCGAUUAUGAGCUCAGUUUUGGAGGAAUUCCAGUACCAAGCAAACCUGGGACCUUUUUAAAGAAAAACUUCCAUGGCUGUAUUGAAAACCUUUACUACAAUGGAGUGAACAUAAUUGACUUGGCCAAAAGACGAAAGCAUCAGAUCUACUCUGUGGGCAAUGUCACUUUUUCCUGCUCAGAACCACAAAUUGUCCCCAUCACAUUUGUCAACUCCAGGAGCAGUUAUCUGCUCCUGCCUGGCACCCCCCAAAUUGAUGGCCUAUCUGUGAGUUUCCAGUUUCGAUCAUGGAACGAAGAUGGUCUGCUUCUGUUCACAGAGCUGGCUGAAGGCUCAGGGACCCUGCUGCUCAUUCUGGAGAGUGGGACUCUGAGGCUCCUGAUUAAGAAAGUGUCAGGACAUGGAACUGAAAUCUUAACAGGCAACGACUUGAAUGAUGGCCUGUGGCAUUCUGUCAGUAUCAAUGCCAGGAGAAACCGCAUUACUCUCACACUGGAUAAUGAUGCUGCUUCCCCUGGUCCGGAAACCUCCCGGCUGCAGAUUUAUUCUGGAAAUAGUUACUACUUUGGAGGGUGCCCUGAAAAUUUCACCGAUUCCCAAUGCUUAAAUCCCAUUAAUGCUUUCCAAGGCUGCAUGAGGCUCAUCUUUAUUGAUAACCAGCCCAAGGACCUCAUUUCAGUUCAGCAAGGUUCCCUGGGGAAUUUUAGUGAUUUACACAUUGAUCUGUGUAGCAUCAAAGACAGGUGUUUACCCAACCACUGUGAACAUGGAGGACGCUGUGCCCAAUCCUGGACUACCUUCUACUGCAACUGCAGUGACACUGGUUACACGGGAGCCACCUGUCACGACUCCAUUUAUGAGCAAUCCUGUGAGGUGUACAGACACCGAGUGAACACAGCUGGGUUCUUCUAUGUCGACUCUGAUGGCAGCGGGCCACUGGCACCUCUCCAGGUGUACUGCAAUAUCACUGAGGACAAGAUUUGGAUGACAGUUCAGCACAGCAACACAGAGCUGACUCGGGUACAGGGUUCUAACCCUGAGAAGCCCUAUGUCAUGACUUUAAAAUAUGGUGGCACUAUGGAGCAGCUGGUGGCUCUGAUUGAUGGCUCAGAACACUGUGAACAGGAGGUGGCAUACCACUGCAGGAGAUCUCGCCUGCUUAACACACCAGAUGGAGCGCCAUUCACCUGGUGGGUUGGGAGGUCCAAUGAAAGGCACCCUUACUGGGGAGGUUCUGUUCCUGGAGUCCAGCAGUGCGGAUGUGGCCUAGAGGAGAGCUGUCUGGACAUCCGACACUUUUGUAAUUGUGACGCCGACACAGAUGAAUGGACAAAUGAUACUGGUGUGCUUUCCUUCAAAGAUCACUUGCCUGUAACUCAGAUAAUUAUCACUGAUACCAACAGAUCAAACUCAGAAGCCGCUUUGAGAAUUGGCCCCUUGCGUUGCUAUGGUGACCGAUACUUCUGGAAUUCAGUCUCGUUUUCUACGGAAGCUUCUUACCUCCACUUUCCGACCUUCCAUGCAGAAUUCAGCGCUGACAUUUCCUUCUUUUUUAAAACCACCGCUUUGUCUGGAGUUUUCCUAGAAAACCUUGGCAUUAAAGACUUCAUACGACUUGAAAUGAGCUCUCCUUCUGAGGUGACAUUUGCCAUUGAUGUUGGGAAUGGCCCUGUUGAGCUCCUCGUCCAGUCUCCUUUUCCUCUAAAUGACAACCAAUGGCAUUAUAUCCAGGCUGAGAGAAACCUUAAGGAGACCUCACUGCAGGUGGACAACCUUCCACGGAAUAUAAGGAAGACCACAGAGGACGGACACUUCCGACUUCAACUAAAUAGCCAGUUUUUUAUAGGAGGGACAUCAUCAAGACAGAAAGGCUUUCUUGGAUGUAUCCGUUCUUUACACUUGAAUGGACAGAAAGUAGAUCUGGAAGAGAGAGCAAAGGUCACGCCUGGAGUCAGACCUGGCUGUCCAGGUCACUGCAGCAGCUAUGGAAGCAACUGCCACAAUGGAGGCAAGUGUGUAGAGAAACACAGCGGCUACUCCUGUGACUGUACCAACACACCAUAUGAAGGACCUUUCUGCCAGAAAGAGAUUUCAGCUCAUUUUGAUUCUGGCACCUCCGUUACAUACAUGCUUCAAGAACCAUAUCCGGUAACCAAGAACAUAAGCCUCUCAUCUUCAGCUAUCUACACAGACACAGCUCCAUCCAAAGAAACCAUUACACUGAGCUUCAUGACAGCACAGGCCCCCAGCCUCUUGUUCUUCCUCAAUUUCUCUUCUCAGAAUUUUCUGGCUAUCCUGCUCUCCAAGAAUGGAAGUUUACAAGUUCGGUAUGGACUAAGCAAGGAAGAAAGUCAUGUGUUCACCAUCAGCACAGAGAAUUUGGCCAACAGAAGGGUUCAUCAGGUGAAGAUUAGCCGAGAAGGGCCAGAACUUUCCAUUCAGAUAGACCAGCAACUCUUCAGCUAUAAAUUCUCCCCAGGAGCCGAGUUCCGGACGGCGAGGUCACUCAUCCUAGGCAAAGUCACAGAAAAGACAAGUGCCAAGCUUUUUAAAAUGUUGAUGUUGGAGGGAAAAAACAAGAUGAGGAUAAAAAUUAAUGAGGCUGGAGAUCUGGCUCCAUGGUUAAGAGCAUUAGCUGCUCUUCCAGAAGAACUUAGCUUGGAUCCCAGUAGCCAAAAAGAGACUCUUGGUUUGGAUCUGGAAGUUGCUAGAGCAAACAUCUUGGGUUUUGUUGGAUGCCUUUCUUCGGUCCAAUACAACCACAUAGCACCAUUGAAGGCAGCUCUCCGCCAUGCCAGCAUUGCACCUGUAAUUGUCCAAGGGACCUUGACAGAAUCCAGCUGUGGCUUCAUGGUUAACUCUGAUGUGAAUGCAGUAACCACUGUACAUUCUUCAUCAGAUCUCCUUGGGAAAGCAGACGAGCAUGAACCUUUCACAAAUGCAGUCCGAAGUGACUCAGCAGUCAUUGGAGGCGUCAUAGCAGUGGUGACUUUUAUCACAUUUUGUGUCAUCGGAAUCAUGACCCGCUUCCUCUAUCAGCAUAAGCAGUCACAUGGUACCAACCAGAUGAAAGAGAAGGAAUACCCAGAGAACUUGGACAGUUCCUUCAGAAAUGAAAUUGACUUGCAAAACACAGCCAGCGAGUGCAAGCGGGAAUACUUCAUCUGAGCUGCCAGAGGACACCUGGUCCUCUUUUCCUUAUUUUCCCACUAUUUUUUUCUUCUCUUUUUUGUCUUUUAAUUUAGGCAUUUAAUUUGUGUCAUUUGUCAUUAAUUUUCUGGAACACACAUACACCCACUGCGAGCACUGUUUUCUCCAGCUCAGGAAGUCAGCUGGAGAGACCUGUGGCUACUGUAGUUCACCUAUUUGUGUGUCAUUGUGACAGUCAGCACUGGAGGCACAGACUUCACUAUUGUAAGCAAGGAAGAGACACAUGUGCACGCACGCACAUUCCAUGUUUAUAGUCCAGUUUCUGAACUUCAUUGCUCAGUUUCUCAGGCACUUGGUCUCACCAGCUUCCAUCAGACUUGAGCUCUGUGGUCUUUCCUUUAACUAUUGUCCCUGCCCAAUACCAUAUUGUUAGAUAUUAUGGCUUGAGAACAAAAGAAGGUAUGUGUGUGUGACAGAAAAGGCAGUCAGUCAUUCUUUAAGUGAUGCGUUUAUCAGGGAGCCCCGAUAGAGCAGAAGGAAAUGAAUGAAAGUAAAUCCACCUAGGAAAGGCAACAUUUUUUUAUUUAUAUUUUUUAUUUUUAAAUAAUUUUAUACAUUCACUUGUAUCCCAGCUGUAGCCCUCUCCCUAUUUCCCUCCCAAUCCUCCCCUCCCUCCCUCAUCUCCUCCCUGCCCCCUUCCGAGUCCACUGAGAGGGGGUGUUCUCCUGUCCUUCUGUCUGGACCUAGCUUAUCAGGUAUCUUCAGGAUGGUUGCAAUGUUCUUACCUGUGGCCUAGCAAGGUUGUUCCUCCCUCAAGGAGGAGGGGAAGCUCAUGAGUUCAUGUCAGAAACAAUUCCUGUCCCCCUUACUAGGGAACCCACUUGGAUACUGAGCUACCAUAUGCUAUGUCUGAGCAGGGGUUGUAGGUUAUAUCCAUGCAUAGUACUUGGUUGGAUAAGCAGUUUCAUAGAAGACCCCUGUGCCCAGAUAUAUUUGGACCUUGUGGGGCUCCCUGUCCCCUCUAGGAUGUACUAACUCCUCCUUCCUUCAUAUGAUUCCCUACAAUCUGCUGAAGGUUUGGUUAUGGGUUAUUUAUUUAUUUUUUAUAUCAAUCACAGGUUAUUUGCUUUGUAUCCCAGUUGUAGGCCCCUUCCCUCAUUCCCUCCCAAUCGCACCCCCCUCCCUCAUCUUCUCCCUGCCCCUUUCCAAGUCCACUAAUAGAGGAGGACCUCCUCCCCUUCCAUCUGACUCUAGCUUAUCAGGUCUCUUCAGGAUUGGCUGCAAUGUCCUCUUCUGUGGCCUAAAACCUGGAAACAACCCAGACAUCCCUCAGUUGAGGAAUGGAUACAAAAAUUGUGGUACUUUUACACAAUGGAGUACUACUCAGCAAUUAAAAAUGAGGAAAUCAUGAAAUUUGGAGGCAAAUGGUGGGACAUAGAAGUUAUCAUCCUGAGUGAGGUAUCCCAAAAGCAGAAAGACACACAUGGUAUAUUCUCACUUUUAUAGACCUCUAAGAUAGGAAAAAUAUACUGAAAUUUAUACACCUAAAGAAGAUAAACAAAAAGAGGACUCGGGGUAAGAUGGCCUGCUUGUUUUUAUGGCAUUUUCCAAUCAACCAGAGGUGUUUAUUUAUGUUAGUUUAAUGUCCACACUGUAAGUAGCCCUCUGACUCUAUGCAUCUUCCUUUCCAUACUUUCCAGUACAAUAGUGAAUGGUUACUUUGCUCCUCUUUUGCUACUUUGUUUUGAGGCAUGGAUAUAGUACCCUGUUACUAAGAGGCUUCAAGAAAGGUGUGAGGAAGUAGCUGCUCCUAUAACUUGAAAACUGACUUCUCCACUUUACCAAACUAGAACAUGUUAGCUAUGUUGUUUCCAAGAUUGCUGUACUGAAGCAAAGAAAUAUUCUCAUGUGUGUGACAGCAUAAAUAGAAUUAAAAUAGAAGUCUAAAUUGGCUUCAUGAAAUGGCCUAGGCCAUCUUAAAAGAGCUUCAAGAAAAACUGAAAAUAAUAGGGAAAAGAGCUGCAUGAAAAAUGAGAAAAAUCAAAUAGAUUUAUCCCCCUCCAUCCAAUCCAGAAACAUCUGGUAAAGAAGUAAUGUGCAGGUUAGCAGGACUCACAUUCUAAAACACAUGCAAUGAGUUCACUCUGAUGACUGAGCUAUUUCCCAAGAGACAAGGGACCAGCUAUUGUGUGGGGGAGUGUGCUCACCUCUAGCUCAGAGGAUUUCAAGGGAGCCCUUAGUUUGUAAACUACAUCACAUUUUCCACUCUGUAUCUGUACCUAUGUACACAAAGGUGCCUCAUGAACUUGACCUAUGUGCCUAAAUAAGGUACAGGCUUUGGGUUCUGUUGGUAGCAGAGUAUACAAUUCAUUUAAAGAGGCAUCUUGAAUUUGUUGAUGGUGGGUAUUGUUGGUCAUUUUAUGGUAACAAUGUUCUUAACUCUGCCCUUGGACCCCUGUGGAGAAAAGACAACUUAGAAACCACCCAAACACUUCCAGCCUUAGAAAUUCUAGGACGAAGAUCCUUUAAGGAGAGAGUACUGGCCAAUUCCCUUUGCAGAGCAGAGGUGAUUUGCCAAGCAGGCACUUUACAGUCAGUAGGCUAUUCAUCUCUUUAGUAAAUAUCCUACCGCUGACUGUCUUGCACUGCCCUGGACAAGGAAGUUCAUAGUGAAGCACUCACUAGCUUCAUCCAGUUUCCAAUUUGUAGUUUUUCUUCCCUUGCAAAGGUACAGAGGUAAGGAUGGGGUAUGGCACAGUCUACAACUAUGAGAUAUUGUCCUAAAUAUAUGUUCUUUCCUUAAAAUUUUCCAUAAAUUCUUACCUACUCUCUCCCUCUUUUAGAAUAUUGUAAUUCUUUUGCUAGUGAAUUUAAAGCAAAUAUAUCAAAGAUGCCCCUUUUAGUUUUCUAUCUUUAAUAAGAUAAAUGAUAAUCUAAUAAAGUGAGAGUUAUUGGGAGUCUAUUUCCCUGUGCCCUUCCUUCGCUGCUCUCCAGUUUCUACUUUUGAAUUUUCUGACUCUAUAAAAGGCUGUAUAAAUCACACUUAUGCUUGGCUGCAUAUUCCUUUGUCACAAAAAAUGAAAGUCGUGCUAAAGCACUUUAGUAGCAAAAUGACAGGUAAAGGAAGAAUAAUCACAUCAGAAUAUUGUUUUUACUAGAGUCCGCAGAAGCAAGCACCUAUUUUGCUGACAUGAUGUUGAUAGAUAGAAAUGAGGAUACAAGCCAACUCAGUGUGUACGGUUUCAUCAUCAUCCACUAAUGUGCACUUAUAGAUAAUCAUGUAGGGAAAUGUGUGAAGGCAGUCUCUGCCCUCUGCACAGCACCUUCCCUAAUUGGCUUUGUCCCUGAGUUUGCAGGACAUAUAGUCCAGGACACAGGGUAUGUAGACCAAAUGGUGGACACAUGCUGAGAUGGUACACUGUUGUAUGUAGUCUCAGGACUGAAUCAGAAUUCCCUCACAAUGCCAUACCAUACACCAGGUGAAAGGCUAGUAAUCUGAAUUCUCAUAAGCUGAAUUCCAGCAAAGCUAGAGGCAUGAACCAGUUUUAGUAUUGGUGGCAGGAUCGACUUGGUUUAGGCAAUUAUUCAAUUGUGUUUCCCACCUUCAUACAAUUACAACCUAAAGCAAGACUCAAGAAAGUUCUAAUCCUCCUUUAGCCACUACUUCUCUCUAUGACAUUCUUGAUGCCUCCAAUUAUUUAAUACUCAGCCAUUUACAGGUGUUGUUCACAUAAAGAAUUUCUGGGAUAUGAGCCCUUUAUAGUAAGACAAAAAUAUCAGUGCAAGAUCUCAUUAUAAGGGGCUGUUACAUUGAUAUUAUUAUACAGAACAAAUCUAUUAAUGCAGGCAACUGUAUGCUUGCUUACCCUUAAAGGCUUUUAGCACCAGAUGCAAUAUUCAUCCCCUGCGUAGAGUAGACUGCUGUGGUUUCUCGAAGAAUUAGGCUAGGAAAAUAGAUAUUUGUUUAUUUUCUAGAUGUCUCUUUCACAAAAAGAUUAACUCAUGUUCAUUUGAAGAACUCUGGAGCUGAUAUUUUAUAGCUUUCUUUUCUUUAGAAAUAAGAAAUGGUAGUAUCUUAAUUCUCAACCUUUGUCAGAAUCACAACUACCACGUCACAGCAGAAGCAGGACCAGGAUUAACUAAGCAUACAGUUCUUUUUCAUGUAUUUAGUCAUUAGAGGCAUAUGAAAUGUCUGUGACUCCAGCAUUCAGUUGGAAUUGGAUAUAUAAACACUUACUGUCCUUGUGGACUUUAAAGUUCAACCAUAUCAACAGGUCUUACAGCAACAAACGUGUACGCACAGCACCAGGGAGCCAAGAGCAAGGACUGCAUAGUUAAUUAGCAAAUGAUUUCCAGAGGUAUCUAGACACGAACACAUUUCUGGAUCAUUCUUAAAAUUCCGUGUCUUAUUUAGCCAUUCUACCAGAGAUGGUUAUAUUGUUUCUCUUCCUCAAGCUAAGUAACUGUCCAUGCAUAAUUUUUUUGUGGAAGAUGGUAAACGAAUUCUUUGGACAGAGACAAAAUAAAAAAAAAAUGGUUCCUAUAUCAGCCACAAUUUUUGUAGCUGGGAUUCACUAGGUAGCCCUGGCUAGUCUGAGACUCUAUCAUAAACCAGGUUGGCCUCGAACUCAUAGAGGGCCAUCUGACUCUGCCAAGGUGUGGACCAUUGUCUCUGCCUAUAUCAGAUACUUUUGAAAGGAUGCUAAAUUUUCUAUGUUCUCGUGUCAUUUCUACUUAAGGUAUUUCAAAUGUAUUACUCUGCAUAUGGCAGACCCAUGCGGAGACUAGAACAGAAAAGAGAAGCCUCUACUUCUGCCCCCUCUGCUCUCACUCACUGGUAGACAUUCACUUAUGUCAAGAAUCUUCUAUAUCUCCCUUAAGAUGGUUGGUAGUCUGACAUUUCUUUACUCUCCCUACUUUGUCCUAAGGAACCAUUUGACUAUAUUUAAGAAUAUCGCUGAGAACCAUAAAUUAUCUAUUGAGUGAAUAAUUUAUUGAUAUGUUAUCCAUCUAAAUGACAUCAUACUAAUGUGUCUGACAUGAAUAUUUCCAGUGCAGAAGGCCAUGCAUGCUCUGUCUCCAUACCAUAUCGCCUCAAUUUGAAGACUCACUUUAAGAAUGAGCAUUCAUAACAUCCCCAUGGUAUCCACAGACAUGGGCACCAGUAUGGGGAAUUAUUGCUUAAUUUGUCUACCAACUGCUUUACUUCUUGCAAAUUCCCUAGAGCUAUAAUCCAUCAUCCCCAUUGCAAAAACAGAAUGGCAAGAGGCUCUUGGCCACCUAUAGAAUCCUUCUGUUCAUCGUUCCUGAAAUAUUUUCUCAGGAAUGCUUGGUCCUCAACUGUCCUACCGGCCAGGUUUCAACUAAAUAAAUAAAUAUGACCUGUUGUAGCUGCAAAUGGCAAAGGAGGUGGAUGGAAGGGUUGUACAGGCAAAUGCCAACAUGCAUCAGUUCUUAAAGGAUGACUGAGGGCUGUUUCUUGUCUCACACAGACUAGAAAUCAUUUCUUUAAAAGAUCCACAAUUUAUCUAAUUCACUUCCGUACACCAGUUUUGGGAGCUUUUUCAUUCUCUUUCUGGAUACCCACUGUCUUCCUCGUGUCAGUUGUUUUGAAAAUGUUUGUUGUUCUUUCACAGCUCUGUGUUCACAAAGUCUAAAUAGUUGAUCUACCUAAAAGGGAAGAAUGUACAACAGGUCCAUACCCACCCUCACACACCCACCCACACCUACACACACGCACACAGAGAAAAAGUUAAUAGGGCUGUUCCUCAAACACUGUCCAGAAAACUAUAAUCGAACCUACUUUGUGGGGCUAUAAUUAUCAUCAAUUUGCACUGGAAAUUCUGUAAAUGCCACAGACAAGAUUCUAAUGAUUGUUUUUGAUAUUUUUAAGUGAGUCCCAUCCCUUUAUUAUUUUACACUAAGGUACUCUGGGGAAGAAUAAGAAUUACACUUUGUAGUGAAAUGCUGUACUUUUUAAGCUAGUCGUCUGUCAUUUGUAAAGUUUGUAGUCUACAAAGUAGUUAAGUGGACAUGACAAAGACUUACAGUGGGCUUUUGUGUUAGAGCAGACUUGACAGGAGCUUUUCAAGGAGGAAAAGGGUAUUCAUGGAGCAAAUAAUGGCUGAGAGCCAAAGCUUUCACCAUGAAGUAAGGAUGGUUCCUCUCCCUAUCUUCCUGGCUCCUGAUGCAGCCUUUUUCAUGCAUUUGUCUUACACCUUAGGGAAGAGGCAGAAUUACAGACCCUGCAUGAGAAAUGUUUCAGUCAUCUUUGCACAGCACUUUCACCCUACCCCGGUGAUUUUUCAAGUUUUAUGUUUCACUAAUACAGUCCAGGGAUACUGUGGAAUUAUCACUACAGUGAUUUUAUCUGCUAAGGGUAAGCACCCUAAUGACAGCUUUAAGUACAAUAAACUAUGAUCAAGAUCCUCAGGUCCAUUGCCCUUAAUCAAAUCCUCCAUAGAUGGAAGUCUGGAAAUGUUGGAGAAAGUUUAGUUAGUGCUCUUUCUUUCCCCUUUCUUGCUCAUGCCCUCCAUUGGCAUGCAUAAUAAUAGAAAGGCAUGUCACUCUCAUUCUCUUUCAGAAAGCUACUACCUGACAUUCUGUGAACAUUUCUCUCUUGAUUCUCCUAAGUACACAAGUAAAGCUUGCAUCAAAUAGCAGAUUAAAAUUAGGAGACUAGUCCCAAGUUAUGACAGAUCUGAUAUGUACUGCUGAUUAUGGCCCAGUCAUAAUUUCAUUAGCAUUAUACUCUGCUAUGCUUCAGAUCCCAGCUGUAAAUCUCAGAGGACAUGAAAAAGGACACUGGUUAUGCAGAGCAGGCCUUCUGUCACUCUGGAGCUCCUCGAAUGGCCUCUCCAGAUGAAGCCAUUUUUAUUGUAACUUUAUAGGAUAAAAUGAGUGGUCCUCUGACUAGUUAUAUUUUCACAUUAUAGUCAUCCAUAGGCCAGAGGAGUUACAGGAAGUACUAGCAUAAUCUCUUCUCUUUGAAUGGCCGCACCACCGAGUGUAAUCUUUUCCUGCCUUAAAUACUCUUGCAAAAAAUAAAUAAAUAACCACAUGUUGCUUAGGUAGUGUAGUUGUAUCAUGAGAAGGACUUCAUAUUUGGUAAAGAUUAAUGCCAAUCAUUUUAUACUGUACUUGGCAAUAGAGAAGCUUCCACAUAGAUUAUGUUGUCUUUACUAGUCUCUUUCACUGCCAGCUAGACCAUGGCAGAAACGUAGAAGAUAGAGAAGUGAAGACACAUGACACAUUCUAGUCAUACCUUAUAAAAGAGGCAACAGUUAGCAUUUGGUUCAUGAAAUUACAGAGUCCCAAAGACAAAGAAUUACCAUGAUCAUUUCAGAUAAGAAAUUAGAGGCUUCAUGACAUGGUCAGAAUUUUCUUUGGGAGAAAAAGAGGUCAGGAGGAUUGCUUUUAGAAAAUAAAUAACAAAGUAUAAAAGGACCUUUCCCAAAUACAUAUCAAGCUUUCUUUUGAUAAAAGCACAACAGAGGCAAAGCAGACAAUCUCCUUUGGGAUUAGGUUUAGACUUCUUGUUUCUUUGGAUAUUAUGGUUUUUGUUCUGGUAAAAGAACAUCUAGUCCCAUGUGAUGUUGCCUCAUCCCAAGGCUGUUUUUUAGACCAUAUAACAUGUCUGAAAACACUGUAUAGAGGAAUUUAAUGUUAGCCUUAGAUUUCUUUGUGUUUUUUGCUGUACAGAAGAAAGACUUAUCUGUAAAUAUUGUACAUUUAAUAAAGAAAAAAUUUUGUAUCA